AAAGUCCAAAAAGUUUGCACCGAAUUCAUCAGUAUCAGAGUGCUCCCGUAGAGAAAGCCUCACAGUCCUGUCGGAACAACGUGCUGUGCUGCGCAAACAUGGCACCUGUCUUCCACACUUUAGCGGUCCUACUUACGUCUGUCUUUUUGCAAAGUGCGUCAUCAGCUCAUCUCAAUGACACCAUCUUUGCUGUGACUGUGAGCUCCCGGGUUAGAGGAGGGUCGCAAGAAACACUAUGCGCACUCAUCCACGGGCCUAUGGAGCCCGUCGCUUUGAGUAUAACCCUGGACACGGACUCUGACAGCGCCAUCAUCUUGGAGGAGGCAGUCAAACAGGACUUUUACCAGUGCCUCAACUUUCAGGUCCCGGCAGUGCGCACUAGUACUGUGGCAACCAUAAAUGUCACUGUGAAAGGCGAGAGUGGCACAAUGAACAAGAAAACCAAAAUCCUCAUUGUCCCUCCUGCUUUCAUCCACAUUCUUCAAACUGAUAAACCUAUCUACAAACCUGGACAGACUGUGCAGUUCCGGAUUGUCUCAAUGGAUUCUAGUUUUAUACCUGUGGACCGGCUGUACAAAGUUGUGGAGCUCCAGGAUCCUAAUUCCAAUCGAAUUGCUCAGUGGUUGGAUAAAUUUGUUACCGCUGGAAUCCUUGAUCUUUCCCAUGCCAUGAUUCCAGAGGCAGCAGAAGGAACUUACGUAAUUACUGCCACCACCGACAAAGGAGAGAAAAUUUCCCACAGCUUUGACAUCAAGCAAUAUGUUUUACCCAAAUUUGAGGUCACUGUUCACCUCCCGAGUGUGAUUUCAAUCCUCGAUGAGCAGGUCACCCUUAAGAUAUGUGGAAAAUACACUUACGGAAAACCAGUUCUUGGCUCGGUCAAAGCGGUGUGUUGUAGGAAUGCUGUUCACUUUUACGGGCAUUCCCUGGCGGGGACAAACAUCUGCAGGCCAUAUAAACUGACAACCGAUGACAGUGGCUGUGCUACAGAAAUAGUGGGCAUGGCAGAUUUUGCACUCAAUGAGAAUACACAUGAAGAUAGUUUUGUGGUGGAUGCUGAAAUGGAGGAGCAUGGCACAGGAGUGAUCCUGAUAGGUACAGGGCGGACAACUUUCAGUGCCCGUAUCAGAACAGUCACUUUUGAAGACGUAGCUCAAGCGUACAAGCCUGGGAUCCCAUUUGAGGGAAAGGUCCAAAUGACUGGUCCAGACAAAAAACCUGUGGCCAAUGAGCCUGUGUACUUAUUUGCCCCAGACUCGGUCAACGUAACACUCAUCACAAACACAAAAGGUGUGGCCUCGUUCUCACUGGACACCAGCAACUGGAGGAACAAUGUGAAUCUUAAGGCCAAGUCCAAACUGGUCGAUGAUGAUGAGCAGUAUGUUCCAGAUUUGCAGAAGAAACCAGAGUACAGGGCAGCCUCUCAUGACGUUAAUGCCUUCUAUUCAAAGAGUAGUAGUUUUCUGAAGCUGAUGCAGGUCCAUGGAAGGAUCUCCUGUGACAAAGAUGCCACAGUACGAGCUCAGUACAUCAUCCAGGGACAAGAACUCAAGAAGGGACAAGAGACCUUAGACUUUCUCUUCUUGGUGAUGUCCAAAGGAUCAAUUGUGCAGCAUGGCAGUCUCCCGGUGGCUGUUACUGUGGGUGCAGUGAACAAAGGGGAGCUGACCAUACCCCUCCAUCAAGUGAUUGACCUGGCACCCUUCGCACAGGUUGUAGUUUACACUAUGUUGCCUGGUGGUGAGGCUGUGGCAGACAGCCACGACUUCCCCAUCCAGCUCUGUCUCAAAAAUAAGGUUUCUCUUAAGUUCCCGUCCCUCCAAGAGCUUCCAGCAGAGAAAACUACAUUGAAACUGCAGGCUCAGCCUGGCUCUUUGUGCUCGGUUCGAGCCAUUGACCAAAGCAUUUUAUUGCUGCAAUCAGAGAGGGAACUCACUGUUGGUUAUGUGUACAAUCAGCUGCCUCUGCAGAAGCUGUCAGGCUACUCGCAUGAGAUUGAAGACUAUGAGCCAUAUCCCUGCUUCCCUAAGCCCAUGCCACAGCCUGAGCCUGAGAUGUUGGUGGAUGUAGAGGAAGGGAGGAGCAAGCGCUCACUUUACUUUGGACCAACCGACCAGAAGGAUGAUGUUUUUAGCAUCUUUAAAGAGAUUGGAGUCAAGCUUGUGACAAAUUCUGAUGUGAAGAAACCCCAAGACUGCCUACUAGAAAGAUUUGGGUAUUAUUAUGAUGAAGAUGUCGUAGAUUCUCCGAUUUCCAUGGCCUUUAAUGUGAUGCGGGUCUCUGAUAUUGUCGAGACAACUCAGCAGAAAACUAUGAAGGAGAAGAAGAAGGAGGCCAUUAGGACUUUCUUCCCAGAAACGUGGAUCUGGGACUUAGUUCCUGUUGGAGACCAGGGUACCGUGAAUGUGGAGAAGACGGUCCCAGACUCCAUCACCAAGUGGGCCGCUGGAGCUUUCUGCGUCUCCUCUGUGGGCUUCGGUGUGGCGCCCACCACUGCGCUGACAGCGUUCCAGCCCUUCUUUGUCAGUCUGACACUGCCUUACUCUGUCAUCCGUGGGGAAGUGUUUAUUCUAAAAGCCACUGUCUUCAACUAUCUCUCUAAAUGCAUCAUGGUGAAAGUUACACUGGCCCAGUCUGACACGUAUACCUUCAGAAAUUGUGACGACUGUCAAUACAACAUGUGUCUAUGCAGUGAGGACAGCAGAACCUUCUCUUGGAUUGUCACCCCAACUACCCUUGGCAAAAUCGAUGUGAAGGUGAGCGCUGAGGCCCUCAAGACAAACAUGCUGUGUGGCAACGAGGUGACUUCUGUCCCUGAAGUGGGCCGUAUUGACACUGUGGUCCGCAGCCUGCUGGUGGAGGCUGAAGGAACACCUCAGUCAGUCAGUCACAAUGCCCUCCUCUGUCCUGCAGAGGGACCAGUGGAAAAGAAAAUCUCCCUUCUGAUGCCAGAGCUGUUUGUUGCGGGAUCUGCCAGAGCCACCGUCUCUGUACUUGGUGACCUGAUGGGCCGAGCCAUUAAGAACCUGGACCAACUCCUGGCAAUGCCAUAUGGCUGUGGGGAGCAGAACAUGUUGCUGUUUGCGCCCAACAUCUACAUUCUCAACUAUCUGAAAAGCACAGGCCAACUGACUACUGAGAUUCAAGACAAGGCAACACACUUCCUCAAGAGCGGAUACCAAAGGGAGCUCACCUACAAGCAUGACGAUGGCUCUUACAGCGCCUUUGGGAAGAGCGACGCGUCUGGCAACACCUGGCUGACCUCCUUUGUGAUGAAGUCAUUUGGUGGAGCGCGGCCUUACAUCUUUGUUGAUCCCAAGCACAUCUUGGAUGCCAAAAAGUGGUUGUACUCAAACCAGGGGCGUGAUGGCUGCAUCAGAUCUGUGGGGAAACUCUUCCACAAUGGCAUGAAGGGAGGAGUGAGUGACGAUGUGUCCCUGACGGCUUACGUCGUCGCCGCCCUGUUGGAACUGGACACCGACAUUAAAGAUCCUGUGAUCGAGAAUUGUCUGGGCUGUCUGAAGGAGGCAACCAACCAGCUGGAUAACUUGUACACCACAGCGCUGAUGUCUUACACCUUCACCCUGGCUCGGGAAGAAGAGAUGAGGAAGAAACUCAUCACUUACUUGCACCAGCAGUCCAGUACAAUGGGGAGAACCCGCCAUUGGAAGCGAGCAGGGGCCUCUGGGACAGGACUGGAUUCUCUGGAAGUGGAGAUCACCUCCUAUGUGCUGCUGGCGCUCCUCUCCGGGCCUACUCUGCCAGAUUUUGGUUUAGACUAUAGUGCUAGCAUUGUGUUUUGGCUCACACAGCAGCAAAAUCCGUACGGAGGCUUCUCUUCCACACAGGACACUGUGGUCGCCCUCCAGGCACUGGCGAAAUACGGUGCUGCCACUUACAGCGUUGAGGGCAGGACUGUAGUGACAGUGACAUCAUUAGGAGGUCUGAACAAGGAGUUUGUAGUGGACCAGAGCAAUCGGCUCCUGUACCAGGAGGAGAAGUUGAGCGAUGUUCCCGGGGAAUACGCCAUUAAAGCCGAGGGAGCGAGCUGUGUUCUGGCACAGAUUUCCAUGCAUUACAAUAUCCCCCCUCCUCCUGACUUUUCCGCCUUCAACAUCUCAGCUAACACCAUGUCAAAGUGCAACUCUAGCAAGCCGCAGCUCAUCCUCUUUGUCCAUGCCAGUUACCAAGGCAGGAGAGAGGAGACGAACAUGGUCAUCGUUAACAUCAAACUCCUGUCGGGACACAUUUUGGAAAAAAGCUCUGUGGAGUCAUUAAAGAAUGACCGCUCAGUGAAGCGCGUAGACCUGGAUGAAGGUUACAUCAACAUCUACUUGGACGGGCUAAAGAAAGGUGAGACGGUGCUUUACAGCAUGACACUGGAACAGGACGUGCCGGUCAGGAACUUGAAAGCAGCUGUGGUGAAGGUGUACGACUACUACCAGACAAGUGAUGUAGCUGUGACAGAGUACACAUCCCCCUGUGCAGAGAGUGACGUCAUCAACAACCUUUAAAUGAACAGAGGAGACAACGCAGAUCAAUAUCUGGAAGAUAAGAUGUUCCUCAAACUUGGGAGAUGUGUCUUUACUUACUUUUACUAACGUUGAUGUUUUGAUUUUAAAGGGAAUCUUGCGAUGGCAAACAAUGUUCUUUGCCUCUCUGUGUUCCUUUAUUUUAAAAAUCUGAAUUUACUUAUUAAUUCUUGCUGCCUCACCUCAACACUGGAAAUCUUUUUUGAACUCUUUUAACCCACUGGAACCAUGAAAAUCAGACCGUGCUCUGUAACACUUUCAAUAGGAUUGACUAAUUUUAGUUUUUAACUCAAAGUGGAGCAAGAUACAUACAAGGUACCAACAGCUGUAUAAAAAAAACAAUCUGUAGGGAAAAAAACACUGAUAAAACAAAAACAAAAAAACAACAUUAUGUAUUAGUGGAGGUAUGGGUGUUUUAAUAUUUCUGUAGUUUUCUUUUUUAAAGUAGAUUACAUUCAUCAAUACAGUACCAUACACAAAUGUAACAGUCAUGAAAUAAAAUGGAGAAUAAAAUAAA